CGAUUAAGCACGUGGCAAUGCAAAUAUUACUGUUAUUACAUAAAUUUAUACUCAUUACACUGAGCACAUAAAAGAACCGUCUGGAAGCUUUGUCAUCUCUAUCAUUGUGGGAUAUAACAAAAUUAUCAGAAAUGUAAUUUUCGAGAUUAUAAAAGUGUGAACAUGUUUUACUCGCGAAGCACGCGACAACAGUUAGUAGUCUAAUAAAGCUCCAGAACUACAGUUCUAAAAAGCGCUGUUGAUAAAAAUCAAAAUGAUUUCAAAAAGUGUACCAACUCUGAUGUUUUUGCACUUACUUUCGGGGCCCCUCGUAUUAGCAGUACAACAAGAGUGGGGAAACGUCCGCAAUGAAAUGCUAGUCGAUCUUCUUUUGGAGCUAAAGGAUAAACAUCGUUAUCAAACAGUAUUAUUUGAAAACUGUGCCGAAAACUUAUCCGUCAACGAUUUUUGGGCGAAAAUGAAUACCCCGAUGUUGCAACUACUAUCCACCACUCAAUAUGAAAGGGAAUUGAAAAUGCUCUUCAACCACAAUUUGCUCGCCAUAGUUUGUGUGGAGAGUUAUGCCGAUUCGUCCAGUGUACUCAGUGGGCUGGCCAAGCAAUUGCAGCUCAUUCGUCAUUCUCACAUAAUCCUUUUGGUGCUGGGGGUCUCAGCAAGUAAGGUCCACCAAGAAGAAGUCGUCGAACAACUCUUCCGCCAUUGCCAGAGACUGCAGAUGCUGAACGUCAUUGCGCUGUUUAGAGAUUAUAUGAGUACUCGUGUGGUGUUCACUUUCGAUGCUUUCCCCACAUUCAAACUCAAUGCAUUUCAAUUCAGUGCGCUUUUCAAUUAUUUCCCUGACAAAACUCGCCAACUCCACGGCCAUCCAAUUUACACGCUGCCCGACCAGAAUCAGCCGAGAUCGUUUCUGUUUCGAGACGCUAAUGGUGAGCUGAAAAUGUCCGGUUACGUUGGUAAGUUGGUGGAGGCUUUUGGACAACACAUUAAUGGGUCCUUGCGUUUUCCAUAUCCCAUUAACAUCAACGAAAAUAUAUAUCAAAGAGAGCAGCUGAACAGCACACGGACGGGAGUCAUCGACUUUGCAACAAGUUUAGGUUCUUACAAAUUCUUCGCAGUUACCUCCGAAUUCACAUAUCCCUUCGAAUUCGCCAAGUGGCUGAUGAUGCUGCCAGUGGAGCGCGAGCUAGAAGUGAACGAAAUGCUCUUGUAUAUCUUUCAAUCCGAGCUGUUCAUGUUCAUCAUUCUAAUUGGUAUUCUAGUGAGUUUUUUCUUAAAUGCCUUUGAAUAUUUCCAAAUUCGACCUCACAGUUCGGAGAGAAAAUUCUGGACCACAUUCUACAGUCAUGGGCAAACAUUUCGUGGCAUUUUAGGUCAGCCAUUUCCCAUGUACCCGUACAAUAAUUGGCGUAUGAGUGUCAUAUAUUUCACAAUAUUCCUUAUUGGACUCAUAACCAGUUGCCUGUUUUCGGUGUAUUUGAAGACUUUUCUUACCCAACCGCCUACUAAACCGCGUAUUAACAGCUUGGAUGAUCUCAUAAAGUCGGACACUCGUUGUCUUAUUAACGAAAAAGAGGUCCCUGUUUUCAAAGAAGUUCAUGGAGAGGAUGCCUGGUCGCAUUACAAAGCCGGAUUUGAGGUUAUAUCGUCUUGGCCAAAGUUUCUCGCGUAUCGCUUGUCACUAAAUACAACCUACGCUUAUACUGUCACCACCUCAUUGUGGCCCAUCAUCCAAUUGAAGCAAUCGCUUAGACGUCGGAAACUCUUUCGCCUCGCCACCGAUAUUGUAUUGGACGAUACGCUUGUGUUGGCUAUUCCCAUUCAGGAGAACUCGAUUUACAAAUCUGCGCUAAAUCGAUUUAUUAUGUCGGUAAAUGAAGCGGGACUUAUAUACUAUUGGCAAGUUAUGACCUAUUACGACAUGGUCGCAAUCGGUUCCAUUAACUUGGAGUACAACGUGGAUGGCUCACGGCAACAAAACAUACUGAUUCCCAGCGACUUUUACUGGAUGGCUUGGAUGUUUGGUGUGAGUUAUAGUCUUAGUAUCAUAGUAUUUGUAUUCGAAGUACUUAUCUACAAAUUUAAGAGAUAA